AUGGCCACCGGAGGCCUCGGCGCCAUCGCCGCAUACCUACGGGCCGUGUAUCCUACCGCCCUUCUCGAUGGCGCCCGCGCACUGGAUGAGCUGUUCCUCUCGCGGCUGUGGUACUACUCGCUGAGUCCCGAACCGCCGUGGGCGGUGCUGCUGGCUGCCCACCGCGUGCGCGUGCGCGACCGCGCUACGGAGCACAGGUUAGACGUUGGCGUCAACGGAAAGGGCGACGCGGCGGCGCGCAGCCAGCCACAUGGCAUCGUCGGCCAGUCCUUUGCCUCUAGCGCGGUGAGGAACGGCAAGGUGGAUGUCUACCCCGACUCGGGCGAGUUCACGACCAGUGCGAUGGCGGAGGGCGCCAUUGACGGCUCGGCCAGCGACUACGAGGUCGCCUCAAUGUUUGCCACCGACUUUGCCUUUUCGCGCUUCAAUGCGGCCGAGAGGAGCCGGACAGUGGCGUCGUCGAGCACUGCAUCCAAAAUCAACAAGAUCAUUGACUCGAUGCGUAAACGCGGCUCGAUCGCUAGAAAGGCGACGGCGUCAGAUGGCCGAUAG